AUGUCAACUCCCAGUGUUCCCGCGGGCGUCAUAGUCCCCAUGCCAACCUAUCUGUUCAGCGCAACGGUGAACCUCGCAAAGCCCCUCGACCCAAUUCCCCUACUCGAAGGCGGAGUCCGUAUCGUUGAGCCUAUCACCGGUGGAACCAUCCAAGGCCCAGCUUUCAAUGCCACAAUCGAAGGUGGUGUCGCUUCCCCAAUUAUCGUCAAGGGCGAGAACGGUGCAAAAGCGCAGAUGGCGUAUAUUUACGCCUACGGCCAUGCGAGCGACGGAUCGCCGUUUUAUAUCGAAGAAAGCGGUAUCGGGUCAGGCGCGACUCAGAACACUAGGUUGAUAAUCCAGGUUGGGGGGAAGUACCAAGGUCUUCAGGCCAUGUACGUACUAGGACAGCCGACAGUAAAUGAGGCCCGGACUGUGGCGUCUGUGGAGUGUUUCAGCAUACCGUUGCCUUGA